CCCACAGAAACCAGGGAAGAAGAAUAUGUGUAUCCAGUUCAUAAUCCAAUGAAAGCAUACUCUGUUCAAGUCAGAGCAAAGAAAAAGAUUUGUAUAACAAACAAGCUUUGGAGUGACUGGAGUGAACCAGUUUUCAUCAAUGAUGACAAUACAAUGGAAACCUUGUUACACAUACCAGUUUUGGCCUGUGUUCUUCCUGUGAUUUCCUUUGGAAUAUUUCUGAUUUUUAUCUGUAGAAGGUAUAUAUGCUUCAGUGUUCUCUUUGUGGCUAUUCCAAGCCCUCCAGUCAAAAUCAAAACAUGGCUAGACUCUGAUGAAGCUCACUGGCAGAAAGAGGAUGACCCUGUUCUCAAAAUUCCUGACAUGCAGAUCAUUAGAGACGUCUGUGUUGUACCUCUGACAGAAAAAUAUUUCAAUCCAAAUGAAAUGGAGAUGCCCUUAAAACUUGUGUUGGCUACUUGGGAGGACAACUGUCACAAGAGCAUUCGUAACAAAGACAAUUUGGUGAAUCUGGAUUCUUGAUUAGACCAAGGAUACUGUCGGAGAGCAAUCCUCUUUUCUGCCCAGCAGUGGCUAUCUUUUCAAGUUUGGACAAGCAUCUCAUCAGGUACUCUGGAAGAACCUGAUCAAGGCUGUACAGAGUGGUCUGCAUCCAGCAAUUUGAAAGAUCUCAAAAGUUUCCACUGCUCAUAUUAUGUAAUUCCUAAGAGGUCAAGAAAUCACAGAUGCCAGAGACUGCUUCAAUUUUUAUUUUACUACUGCUGAUUUUGAGAUUAGAGCUCUUCAGUAAAGUUUCAGCAUCUACAGGUAUGACCCUAUUAGGCCACAGUAAGCUAAUAAAUGCCACUGUAGGAUAAUACUUGUAAACACAAGACCUAUCCGAUGGGGUAUUAUUUAGUGCUCUGCAGCGCAAAAGUAGGUGCU